CCGGGGCAAUUGCCAUCGCUUCCGGAGCGGGACGCGGUGAGCUGUGUCUCGCUGCGCUUCAGCUCCCUCUCGGUCUGCAUCUUGGCCCUCACUACCGCCAUGAGCUUCCUCAAGAGUUUCCCGCCACCCGGGUCGGCUGAGGGGCUCCGGCAGCAGCAGCCCGAUACCGAGGCGGUGCUGAACGGGAAGGGCCUGGGCACCGGCACUCUUUACAUCGCUGAGAGCCGCCUGUCUUGGUUAGAUGGCUCUGGAUUGGGAUUCUCACUGGAAUACCCCACCAUUAGUUUGCAUGCAGUGUCCAGGGACCUAAAUGCCUAUCCACGAGAGCAUUUAUAUGUUAUGGUGAAUGCCAAGUUUGAAGAGAAGAAGGAAGAGGGAUACAGAGUUAGAAACAUCGAUGAGAGAGAAACAUUGAUCAACUGCCUCCUGCACACCUCUUACUGGGGACGUGCCCACAACCAAGAAGAAUCAAAAGAAUCUGUUACUGAUGAAGAAGAGGAAGACAGUGAUGAUGAUGUUGAACCUAUUGCUGAAUUUAGAUUUGUUCCUAGUGAUAAAUCAGCUUUGGAGGCAAUGUUCACUGCAAUGUGUGAAUGCCAGGCUUUGCAUCCAGAUCCUGAGGAUGAAGAUUCAGAUGAUUAUGAUGGAGAAGAAUAUGAUGUGGAAGCACAUGAACAAGGGCAGGGGGACAUCCCUACAUUUUACACCUAUGAAGAAGGAUUAUCCCACUUAACUGCCGAAGGCCAGGCCACAUUGGAGAGAUUAGAAGGAAUGCUUUCUCAGUCUGUGAGCAGCCAGUAUAACAUGGCUGGCGUCCGGACAGAAGAUUCAAUAAGAGAUUAUGAAGAUGGGAUGGAGGUAGACACUACACCCACGGUUGCUGGACAGUUUGAGGAUGCAGAUGUUGAUCACUGAAAAUGAUUUUAUGUUGCUUUGGGAUUCUGCUCAUAACUGUAGGAGAGAACUUGGUGCCUUUUCCUCUGUGGAGUGGGUGUUGAUGAAAAUAUUUUUCCUUCUCCAAAACUUCCUGAACCAGUUCUUUCUUGAGACAGACUGUAUGAGACAACAAGUUGUCACCAGCAGAAGAAACUAUGACCUUUAUUAACCAAGGUGAAUUUACUUAACCAAGAGGGUAUUUGUAGUUUAUCUUUUAUCCCCAAAUUUUCUGUGUCUAGGUACCUUCUGAGUAGGCCUAUAAUUCCUGCCUUCAGUGUAUGUAUCUUCCGUAACCUAGCAGGGGUAUGUGGUGAAAAUGCACGGGCACUUAGGGGAUGGAAGAGAGGCUGAAUCUAAGACCCCUUUAGGGCCUAAGGACACCCUUACCCUUAAGAAAGAAAGACUAAGAUCUCAGAUGAAUCAGGCCUCUGCUCGUUCUCCACAGGGGUGAGGAUCUUUUUACUAUUGGGACCCAGAUUAAUUAAUUCAGGCAUCUCUAGGGACCCUUUUUGGAAACAUCCCAGCCACACAUACUAACACAAGUGCUGCUUCUGACUAGCUUUGCUCCUUUCACCGUGUUUCACCAGUCUGUUCUGUUAUAGCUUCUUAGGUUAUGUUACAUCCUUUCAUUUGUAGCCUCUUCAUUCAGUUUCUGUAGCAGAACACAUGAAAUUGGGAUGAAGUCCUCAAAGUACUCCACAUGAUAAUUGUUUUGUCUUUGUAAUAGCUUAACAAAUAAAUCUAGGUUUUCUAUGUUA